AUGAAAAAUAUGGCCCAAGCUCAGCCAACAUCAGCAAUAAGCUCAACUGCAUGGUCACCCGUGGGUAGAUAUGGUCAUUGCUCAGUCACUUACAAAAAUCAAUUUUACGUGUUUGGUGGGUGGGAUAACAACACUGAUCAGAAUGGUGCGAAUAUUUCCCCGUAUUAUUUCUUUUCUACUGCUUUGCCAAUAUCAAGUUCGAAUCCAACUUGGACUCUCUUACCAACCGGGAAUUCCACGAGUGUAGGUUCAGCAGCAUGUGUCGUAACUCCAUCCGGAUAUCUCUUGAUUCUCGGCGGGAUCAUUUCAUUGAAUUAUACCGAUGACAAAGUAUCAACGCAAGUUUAUGAUUUAAAUAAAAAUAUUUGGGUGGAUUGGAGAAAUCUGAUGCAAGAUAGAUAUCCAGGAUACGGAAUUAGUCCAAGAGCUGCUUUGAUCACCUCCGAUUAUAUUGCGGUUUAUUCGGGAAAUACAGGAGUCAAUGAAGAUGGUCAACGAUUGCCUGUUCAAUUCAUCUAUUUUUUAAAUAUAACUACAACGGGUGCAUGGACGUGGUCAGAAGCGAAAAAAAAUUCAUCGAUUGACGCACCCAUAUCUCGAAUAAUAGCGACGACAAAAGGAGAUGUUUUUUUAUUCGGCGGCUAUUUUCCCUAUCAAUCCGGCGACAAUAGCGGAUACUCGAACCGUUUUUACAUAUCAAAUCGAAAAAAUCAAUGGGUAUCACCAGAUGCUACUUUUCCAUUCGGAGUUCGUGAUGGGGCGCUUGGAAUCCUCGAAAACAUGAUGUAUCUAGUUGCUUAUGUCAAUGAUACAAAUUAUCCGGGUGUUAAUGUGCUUCCAUUGGAUUUAACAACCUUAACAUUUGGCUCUACUUUGAAUUUUCCGGGUAUGACAGGAAGAGUUGGUGCAUCUUAUGCUCAAUUUGACGGAUCGGACUCAGUCGUGGCAUUCGGUGGAUGCACUCUCACACAAGAUGGUGUUCAACUAUGUAAUACACCUUUGAACACCAUUCAAGUAUUCAACAUGACCACAAAAAAUUGGACAUUUGAACAUGCAAUAAUAACGAACUCAAUAUCAUCAAAUAAUAAUAAUUUUACAAUACCACUUGUAAAUGGAAUUAAUUUAAAUGCAGAAAACGACGAUUCAGAUAAUACAAUAAAGAAUGAACCACCUAGUCCAGAUCCCUCAAAUUCGGAUUCCAAUUCUGGCGCAAAUUCAGCAACAAGGAAACCAACCUGGUUAAUUGUAUUGAUUUCUUGUAUAGUCACUGCAAUAUUCUUCUCAAUUAUAUUUGCCGGAUUAUGGUAUCUAAGAAAUAAGAUGCUUGGCCCGAGAACAAGUUUCGAAAUUACACAACCACCAACAUCAUCACCAACACAUAAUUCACAGAAUACUACAAGUGUUGAAAGAUCUUUUCCAUCAACGAGAAUGAACUCCAGCGUCGCAGCUUAUAGCUCAACUGCGACCAGUAUACGAAAUAAUGCUGACGAGUCUUUAUACAGAACGUCAGAUCCGCCUAAAUCUGAGACGGAAAUUGUUAGUGUGGCCGGUCCAAAUUUAUCUGAAAGCCCAUUACGUCAAUCAGCAACUACAUUAUCAAAAUUAUUUGAUUCUUGGGAUCAGACUACACAAGAUUCUAGGCCAAAUGCGAAUUCUGGACGAUCGGGGAAUAAUUAUACGGAGAAUCCUAGGUCUUAUACAUAUGGAGUACCAUUCUGA